AUCCAAUCCGGUCACAGCUAGUUCUGGUGCUGGUUGGACCUUAAAUAAUAAGAAAAGAAAAAAAAAAAAAACCUUCACGCACAUACACACACACACUUUCCCCGGAGGUGGAUGUUGGAGGUGUGCGUCUGAGAGCCGCAGCGUUUCUGGUUAAAUCAGAAGUGAAAGCUUGCAUUGUUCCUGUCGCUGCUCUCGCCUCGGAAACAACAAACACACCAAGCAACCGAGAAUGGGAAGAAAAAAGGCAACUUCUGAUGCAGAUGCUGCUGCAGAGCCAAGACGAAAGUCUCAAAGGUUGUCGGAGCAGAAAGAGACCCAGGAGAAGCCACAGCCAGAGAAGACGAAGGCACCUCCAAAGACCAAGAAGGUAAAGGAGGCAGCAAAGCCCAAGGCAGAGGAGAAGAAGGAAGAAGCUCAGGCAGAGAAAGAAGUUCCUGCAGAGAACGGCGAGGCCAAAGAUGAGGAGGCUGCUGCUGCAGAUGAUCAGGCAGAUGACAAGGAGGACAAGGCGGAGGAGGAGAAAGCAUCAGAGUAGUGGAGUCGGUUCCCUGUGCUUCUUUUUGUUGUAAAAUGCAGAGAAUAUUUUUAUCAGCUAUUUUCUUAAGACGGCAUUGUUUUUAAGGAUGUGAUUGCAUUUUUAAAAAUACUUUAUCUGUUGAAUUUCCAAAGUUUUUUUUCUGAAGGGAACGUUUCUUUUAUUGUGUUGAUCAUGUCUUCUUUUUUUUCAUUUGUUUUGUUUUUUUUGGGCGGCAUCAAGUUUAUUUAGCGGGGAGCCCUGUCACCGGUACUACUCUAGAUCCUCCAAACGCUGCGAGUGGGAUAAUGCUCUGGAAGCUAAAGCCUUAUCUUGUGUUUUGAACCUUGGUGCUCAGCUUUCACUUCUUUUUUUCCUUUUUUUUUUUUUUUCUUUCAUGAAAAACAAAUGUUUAAUUUUCUGGUACUUUUUGAAAAGCAGUAGUCAACAGUGUUUAGACAGCAUUACAGAGUUAGUCGUUUGUCCCGUUAGGAUGUCUUUGUGGUUCUGGGAUUUCUCUACAAAUGCGUUUAUGUUGUGAAUGGUAUCAAAUGCCAAUUAAAGGGUUGUUUCUGUAGAGUAUCUAA